AUGUCCGAAAUCAAUUGUACAGCCAUCGAGGCUCUGCAGAGCCGCCUAAAGGCCGCAACUAUCUAUACACCUGAAUCGGAGAGUUACAAAGAUGUUAUAGUCCGGUGGUCGGACACUGGGAUGAAAUAUGCGGGUGUCGUAGUCCAACCCAUUGAUGCGUUGGAUAUUUCAGCCGCACUGUCGUGGGCACAAGAGCAUAGUAUCGACCUUGCUGUGAAAGGUGGAGGUCAUUCAUGUGCCGGCACAAGCUCGAGCGAUGGUGGCCUGGUCAUUGAUCUGUCGCGCAUGAACCAAGUGACGGUGGAUACCGACCAGAAGACUAUCACUACCCAGGGCGGAGCAACCUGGAAGGAAGUCGACGAUGCCGGUGCGGCUCACGGUUUGGCGGCUGUAGGGGGUACCGUGAACCAUACCGGGGUUGGAGGACUCACUCUAGGGGGUGGUUAUGGCUGGCUGAGCGGAACGUAUGGCCUCACUAUCGACAAUCUCUUGUCCGCGACCGUCGUUUUGGCCGACGGUCGUAUUGUCACGGCCUCUGCCACCGAGAACGCCGACCUGUUUUGGGGGUUGCGAGGUGCAGGGUACAACUUUGGCGUUGUGGUAGAUUUCACCUACCAGGCCUAUGACCAGAAAGAUCCAGUGUAUUCCGGCCUCCUUGGAUUCGCUCCUGAUAAGUUGGAAGGAAUUAUGGAUGCAUUGAACGAGUCCCUGGCGAAUCCUGACUCUCGCUUCGGUGCGAUGUGCAUUUUUGCGUUGGCACCUGAUGGAUCUGGGCCGAUGAUUAUUGUGAUUGGUUUCUACAACGGCUCACGCGAAGAAGGCCAGAAGAAAUUUGCCAGUCUCACGGCCCUUGAGCCAGUUCUGAAUACCCUCGAUAUGAUCCCAUACUCUGUGGUGAACACCUUACAGAACCCCGUAGCGACCUACGGUGAUCGGAAGUCCUUCAAGGGUAUUUUCUACGCGCCGCCAUUGGAUCCUCACUUUGCCAGGGUGAUCUUCAAUGAUUUCAUGGCCAAGAUUCAGAGUGAACCAGAGCUCAAGGCGUCUGCCAUCAUUCUUGAGUUUACCGACAUGCGCAAGAUUUGCGAAGUGCCGCUGACUGCAACUGCGCUGGCAAGCCGAAACCCUACUCAGAAUGGUAUCAUCUUUUUGAGAUGGACCGACUCCUCCAAGGAUUUAGAGUAUCGCGCUUGGGCGCGAGAAGUCCAGUCCAAGUGGGAAGUUGAGUUAAAUGCCAGAACCAAAGAUCAGGGUGUGGAUUCGAGCGUGUCUCAGUACAUCAACUACGCAGAACCUGGUGACUCGGUGGUAAGCAAUAUCUACGGUGUGAACCUUGAGAGAUUGCAAGAGGUGAAGGCGAAGUACGAUCCAAAGAACGUUUUCCACAAAAUGCACCCAAUUUCAACGGGGAAGGACUAG